AUGAACAGUACGAACGACACGACACGACACGCCCACCGUCGUAGCUUCAAGGCUAACAACAGCCCAAUGCCACACACACACACACACACACACACACGCGAGCGCUCUUCAGCCUCUAAUUUCAACAAUCUUGCCUCGAAAUACUCACGCCCAAAAUACCCACUCUUCAUUGCCCUUGUUGUCUCUACUAUGUCUUACCCAUAUACUGUCACUAAGACCAACAACGACGACAACAACAACAACAACAACAACAACAACAACAACAACAAUAACAACAGCCUUGACGAAAGUGUAAGCUCUUGA